CCCUGCCGGUGCGCGCGGCGGCCGCAGUCCCCCGCUGCAGAGCGCUCGGAGCCGGCGGGCCCGGAGUCUCCUCACUGAGCGCUCCCGAGCGGGCCCGUCCGACGCCGGCUGCCCCCGCCGCCUCCCCCGCGCGGCGCUGCCGACCCCUACCGCCCCGGUUCGCCCCCCUCCGCAGCGCCAGGAUGUCGGUGCCGGAUUCCGCCGUCGGGGACGAGAUGAAACAGGCCAAGGAGAUCGAGGACGCCGAGAAGUAUUCCUUCAUGGCCACGGUCACCAAGGCGCCCAAGAAGCAAAUCCAGUUUGCGGAUGACAUGCAGGAGUUCAGCAAGUUCCCAACCAAGACUGGCCGCAGGUCCUUGUCUCGCUCCAUCUCGCAAUCUUCCACUGACAGCUACAGCUCUGCUGCAUCCUACACAGACAGUUCUGAUGAUGAGGUCUCCCCACGAGAGAAACAGCAAACCAACUCCAAGGGCAGCAGCAACUUCUGUGUGAAGAACAUCAAGCAGGCAGAGUUCGGGCGCCGGGAGAUUGAGAUAGCUGAACAAGACAUGUCUGCUCUGAUUUCACUCAGGAAACGGGCCCAGGGAGAGAAACCUUUGGCUGGAGCUAAAAUAGUGGGCUGUACACACAUUACAGCACAGACUGCGGUGUUAAUUGAGACACUGUGUGCGCUGGGGGCUCAGUGCCGCUGGUCUGCUUGCAACAUCUAUUCCACUCAAAACGAGGUGGCUGCUGCCUUAGCUGAGGCUGGUGUUGCUGUGUUUGCCUGGAAGGGGGAGUCGGAGGAUGAUUUCUGGUGGUGUAUUGACCGUUGUGUUAACAUGGAUGGUUGGCAGGCCAACAUGAUCCUGGAUGAUGGUGGAGAUCUGACCCACUGGGUUUAUAAGAAAUAUCCCAAUGUUUUUAAGAAGAUCCGUGGCAUCGUAGAGGAGAGCGUGACUGGUGUGCACAGGCUGUACCAGCUGUCCAAGGCUGGGAAACUGUGUGUCCCAGCCAUGAAUGUCAACGACUCUGUCACCAAACAGAAAUUUGAUAACCUGUACUGUUGCAGAGAGUCCAUCUUGGACGGCCUAAAGAGGACCACAGAUGUGAUGUUCGGAGGGAAGCAAGUGGUGGUGUGUGGCUAUGGUGAGGUUGGGAAGGGAUGUUGCGCUGCUCUGAAAGCCCUCGGAGCCAUAGUCAACAUCACAGAGAUUGACCCCAUCUGUGCGCUCCAAGCCUGCAUGGACGGCUUCCGGGUGGUGAAACUCAAUGAAGUGAUUCGCCAGGUGGAUGUGGUCAUAACCUGCACAGGAAAUAAGAAUGUGGUGACCAGGGAACACUUGGACCGAAUGAAGAACAGCUGCAUUGUGUGUAACAUGGGCCAUUCCAACACUGAAAUUGAUGUGACCAGUCUCCGUACCCCGGAGCUGACCUGGGAGCGCGUCCGCUCACAGGUGGACCACGUCAUCUGGCCGGAUGGCAAGCGGGUGGUCCUGCUGGCCGAGGGUCGUCUUCUCAAUCUGAGCUGUUCAACAGUUCCCACCUUUGUUCUGUCUAUCACAGCCACCACUCAGGCUCUAGCUCUGAUUGAGCUCUACAACGCUCCCGAGGGACGUUACAAACAAGACGUGUACCUGCUCCCUAAAAAGAUGGAUGAAUAUGUUGCCAGCUUGCACCUGCCUUCAUUUGAUGCCCAUCUGACAGAACUAACAGAUGAUCAAGCGAAAUACCUGGGACUCAACAAAAACGGGCCUUUCAAACCCAACUAUUACAGAUACUGAUGGACCAUAACACUGAAGGACCAGACCACAUGAGACAACUUUAGAGAAAUUAUUUUUAAAGAUCAUUUUAUUUUGUUUUACUCUUUUCUUUUUUUAAAAGCUGUUGUUUUUCUUUUAUCUGUCUGAUUUUAAUGUCACUUCUUUGUUUUACAUUUUCACAUGAUCGCGUCUCUCUGUACGUCUGAUCUUGGCAGACAACCUGGGAUUUGCUUACUGCUUUAUGACUGAAACCUGGCCAUGGGGUUUCAGACUUAAACCCUUCAGAUGGGAAGGGUUUCCUUUCCUGAUUAUGAAGGGCAAUUCAUUCCCACAGUGGUUUUUUACCUUUCCAGUGCACCUUAGUCUUAGUUGGGAUAUUUGCAAACACUGAGAUGCUGUACUGUUUUUUUCUGUGUGGAAUUAUCUGCAACUUCUAAAUUGCCUUAAUGAGCCCAGUUUUUAGCUGCUAGAUCAAUGCUCCUAUCCUUGUGUUGGAGCAGAGUGGCACCUAGUGGCCAGUUAGGGUAAAGGUGUGUGACCCCCAGACCGGGUUUCCUAUGUGAACUUGGGAUGGGUGGUAUGGGUGGUAUGGUGCCAGGUUAAGGAUAAGCCCAAGUGGGUGUUAACUAGUCUAUUUCAGGGUGCUAAUCUAAAUUUGAAUGGGGAUCACCUACCCAUCAGACUCCUUGUCUCUCCUAGAUUUUAAACUGCAUCUUAUUUAACUUCAGACCAUUUUUCUUUAUAUUUGAUUCUAAAACGUUAUUUUAAAG